GUCGGGAUGUUUCGCAAGCAUCCGGACUUGCCUUUUUAGCCUUGGUGUGAUGGACCAUGACUGCUAUAACACAACUUCCUAACGCUUGAGGUUUGGUCUUUGAUUUUCGUUUCGACUAAGACUGGUGAAGAUGGCGCGGAUGCUUGUCACGAUGCUAGCAGGCGAGCUUCUGCUGGGCUGCCUUUUCGCUCAGCUCGCUGCGGCUCAAGUCACGCUGUGCAACAAGUUUGACAGCGUGGCGGGCCAAGCUCAGUUUGACCAGGCCUGCUGGAACAAAGCGCCCUGCGGUGGAGCCAACGUCACCAUCCCCACCGCCUGGAACUACUCCUCCCCCUGCACCUCCAACACCUCCAACACCACCUCCUCCUGCGUGCCGCUGCCGCCCGGCUACGCCUCCUGCGCCGACUGGCAGGCCGUCACCAACGCCAGCCCGGCGCCCUGCCGUACACUGACCUGCUGCGCCAGCCCGUACGGCGUGUCGUACAGCCGGUACAACUGCGCGCCCGCCAACACCACGUGCCUGGACACGGGGCCCAACUCGGUGGCGUGCAUGCCCACCCAGGCCUGCCCGCCGGGCUACAUUCCGGACGCCUCCGGCUCGUGUGCGGGCGCGCCGCCCACACAGCCGCCGCGGCCGCCCUGGCCGCCCCGCCCGCCGCCCGCGCCGCCGCCCUCCCCGCGCCCGCCGCGCCCGCCGUCGCCGCUGCCGCCGCGGCCGCGCCCGCCACCGCCCACGCCGCCGUCGCCGCCCGACCCGCCGCCUGCGCCGCAAAUCCCGCAGGCGCCUCGGUGGCCCUACCCCCAGCUCCCCUCCUGGCCGCCUGCGUCGCCGCCCGCACCCGUGUCCACCACGCCACGUUCGCCCCUGCCUCCGUGGAACCCGCGCCCGCCCUUCCUGCCGCCCACCCCCAACGGACCCACCAUCUUUGUGGGCUCGGACGUGCCGCCGUCGCCGCUGCGCCCGCCGCCGCCGCCGCCGCCAAUGCCGCCACGCCCGCCGCCGCCGCCGCCACGCAGCUCGCCGCCGCCGUCGCCGCCGCGCCCGCCGCCGCCGCCGCCUGCGCCCUCCUCGGGCGGUUGGCAGACGCCGCCGCCGCCGCCGUCAUCACAGCUGGCGGCGACGCCGCCAGGAGUGGCUGGGCCGGCGGCACCGCCUGGCGGCGGCGGCGGGCCGGCGCUGCCGCCAGGGACAAUGGCGGCGCCGCCGGGCAUGGCGCCGCCGCCAGGUGAUGGCGGCGAUGGCGGCGGCACGCCGACGUCAGCUGCGUCGGAAGGCGGCGGCGGUAGCAGCAAGACUGUGGCGGUGGUCGUGACGGUGGUGGUGUCUGUGGCGGUGGUCCUGGUGCUUCUGGCUGUGGGCUGGUGGGCCUGUAGGAAGCCGCCACCGCCGCUGCCGGCAGCACCGCCACCCUUCGGCGCCAUGAUGCCGCCGGCCGCCGGCACGGCACUGGCCGCCGCGGCAGCCAUCGGCGGCAAGGCCGCGCAGCUGCUGCUUGCGAGGCGCGGCGCCGCCGCCGCGCCGCCGUCAACCGCCGCCGCCGCCGCCGCCGCCAGCCCACGUGGCAGCGCGGCGUAUGGCGGCGGCCGCAGUGCCACAGCGAGCGCCGCCAUCCGGGGCGUGCGCGGUGGCGGCGGCGGUUACGGCAGCGGGCAGUACGAUGAUCCGCGGUACGAACGGCAGGAGGGUGGCGAUGACGGCUACGGCGAGUACGAACACAAGCCCGCCGCGAAGGGGCCGUACGACUGCGAUCCCUAUAAAGAUGAGUACAGUCCGUAUGACAAAUACGACAAGUACGGCGCUCAGGACGACGACGGAGCCACUACGGCAACUGGCGCAACUGCCAGCAGGAUGUCGCACGACAGCUGGGGACCCGCAGCGGCUGCGGCUGCGGCGGCGCCGCCGCCGGGGCCUUGGCCGCCGCCGCCGCCGCCGCCGUCAGUGUACCCGCACCAGCAGCCGCCGGCGCACAUGCACCCGUACAUGCACGCGCCGGCGACACGAGGCGGUGCGGCGGUGCAAGAUGACGACGGCUGGAGCGAGCGGGGCGGCGGCGGCUACGCCAGUGCCGGAGGCGGCGGCGGCAGCAGCAGGGCUACCAGCAUUGCCAGCAGCCGUGGUGCGCGCGGCUGGCGCUUGGGGCCGGGCGCUGGCGGUGACGGUGGGGGCGGUGGAGGCGGGCAGCGCUGGCCGUCCGCUGGCAGCGGGCGAUGGCCGGACGGCGGGCCGAGCGCAAGAGACAGCAUGCGCAGCAAUGUCAGCCGGACCGGGCGCGGCGCUGGGCAUGACCCCUUCCGCGCAGGCGCUCCGCCGCCGCCGCCGCCGUGGACGCCGCCGCCGCCGCCGAUGGCGCGCGGAAUGGCGGCGGCGGCGGCGGCUGGCGGCAUGGCGUCACCUGGGCGGAGCCCUCGGGGCACUGGCCGCUUAGAGCAUGGGGCGGCCGAACGCCAGCAUGACCACCAGCAGCAGCAGCAUCGUGACCACCAGCACCACCAGCAGUGCCACCAACAGCACCAGCAGCCGCCCUGGGAGCGGCAGGAGUCACACAGUCGGCGCCACCCUCCGCCGCUGCCGCCACCACAGCCGCACUCGCACUUCCGCCCGCCUGCCGCACACGGGGAAAACAGCGGUCGAGACGGCGGCGGCAGCAGCGUUUGGCGCAGAGCGCAUGAGGCGGCGGCGGAGGCUGAGGCACGGGCUGUUAGCGUGAGAGGCGCGGGGCGGGGACCAGUAGGCAGGGGUGGUCGGCACGGCGACACGCCGGGCGGCAGCAUGGCUGCGUUGCUACUGCGGUCGCAGCACUCGGGCGCGGCUGCUACUGCUGCCACUGCUGCUACUGGUACUGCUACUGCUACUGCUGCAGCGGCGGCUACUGCCGCAGCUGCUGCCAAUGCCGGACGGAGCGGCCGCGGCGAUGGUGGUGGCGGCGGUGGCCGCGCGGCGGAUCUGUACGGACACGGUGGUGCCAGCGGCGGCCGGGGUGGGCUGUGGAGCACCAGUGGCGGUGGUGGCGGCGGUGGCCGUGGCGGUGGUGGGAGGGCGGGAGGAGGUGGAGGUGGCGGCGGCGGGAGCCCGAGGGCUCCGGCGGACUCGUACCUCCGCCGCCACGACAACCCCUUUUAUCAGGAGCAUCACCGCUUUGAAGGUGACGGUGAUGAGCAUGACGGUGUGUGGCUUCCCCACCGCUAGAUGCACGGGCGAUGCUGUUACGGCGGCGCGCCGGUGGUGUGGAGGGCCAAGCAAGGGAGGUUGGAAAAGUGGGGUCGUGAACCGGGCAAUUGCAUGCGGGCAAAUGGAUGCGGGCGGUCGCUGCAAGAUGCGGCCAGCGGGGGCAGCGGAUGAUAUGAGUACUUGGCGGGGACUGUCGAAGUAGUAAUGUGGAGUGGGUAAGCUUCUGGUGUGCUAGUGGCCGCCAGUGUUCAAGGGGGGCGUUUGCAACCAUUAAAAGGCUUCAUAUGCGUGCUUAAGGUGCUUGUAUGCUAGUGGUCAAGCAUUUCCGCGCCAUCAUGGCGGGCGCCACGGUUGACCUUAACGGAUAUCGGGACUUCCUAGCGUUUUGCA